AAGUAUUCAACACUGGAGGGAGGAAGCAGCGAUGCAGCAGCAGCGUUAUCGGGAUCACUUUAAUCCAGAUGAAUUUAUACCACCAGUUCUACUAUCACCAAUCUUCCCUUCUAUCGAGUGUCUCAGCCCGAGAUCCAAGUCCAAGGCCCUGCAGCUGAUGAGUGAUGACGGAUCGCUGGCUAGCAGAACUAUGUCGGCGGAUCAAAUUCUACAAGAAAUUCAAGAUUGUUUGCAAAUUCUUAAUUCAAAAUAUGCAUCAAAAUUGAGCAGCCAGAUCCAAAAACUUGGAGGAAGCAAAGUUCUCUUGGACAAACGACCUCUGCCUUACUCAGGGACCGACCAAACUUGCAUUAACUCUAUCUCAAAUUCCAUGAAAACUUGCGAAAAACUUUUUGCCCCCGAGGGGAGAUUCGACAAGAAAUCAGAAUCUUCCAAUUUCCGAGGCCAUCGCAAACUACACGAAGUUUCAAACUGCAUUGGAACUGAACAAUGCGAUUCGAAGUUUGGUUCGAGCGACCUUGAUUCGAGUGUGCAAGCGCCCGACCCAAGCCGACACGAUCAGGACGGCGGCGAAUCAAAAGACCACGAAGGCGAAAACACGAGCCUUAAUGUGGAAGCAAAGCUAAAAGUUUGUCAGCGUUUAAUGGAGCUUCAAAAACACCUGCUUCGCUAUAGAGAGAAUCUUAAUUACAGUUGAAAAGCCUCAAUUCAUCCACAAAGUACCGAGCGGAAUUGAGAGCUCGACAGUCGCUCCAGCAUACACGGAAUGAGCAAAGGAUUUCGUAGAAGUUGUCUGCAUGCAGUUAUCAUUCCAUUAUUGAUAUGGUUAAUAAAUCAAAAAAAGCUAUGUGAACAUCUAAGCAGUAAGUGUUCAACAAUUAAAAGAUUGUGCAUUCACCGAAAUUGAAUCGGAAGUUCACUUAUUUGUGCAGUCCUAUUUUAACUAACAAUGAGGCACUGUUCAAAAAGUGAAAAAUAUUUUCAACAGAAAUGUGAGUCGAUAGUGGAGGUGUUUUGUUCAGUGAUGGCUUAGGCAGAUGGGUACAUGGUGGUGAAACCUCAACAUGGCAGGUCGUGAAUAUUGGGUGCAACGCAAAACCUGAUAAAUACGGAGUGUUGGA